ACCCCUACGUCUCAUGGCGAUCUGUCCUUUUCCCCUUGCUGUGGACGACCGGACCAGACACGGUCCCCCUGUUCCUCCUCCUCCUCCUCCUCCUCGCCACGCCGCCACCAUCACCAGCACUCUGUUCCUUCCCCUCCCAACCGCCAUUCUUGAUCAAUUGCCUGCGGUCCGUCCGCUCCCAUCGAAUCUGAUUCUCGUCUACUGCUCGGAUCUCGUUUGCACGGCUUGAAUCCACCUCCCCAACUCGUUUCUUCUUCCUCUUGAUGUUUCUUCUUUUGCCGCCGCUGCCGCGGUCCCUUCGUUCUGAGGUGGAGGAACGGUAGCUUCCGCCGCUGCCACGAUGGCCUCGGCGCGUCGCACUUUGCUCGUCACCAACCACGAUCGGCCCUUGAAGGGCCAGUCGUUGCUCGGCAGGCCUGAGAACGCUUCUCCCCCUUUCCUCCACGGACUCCGCUGCCUCCUCGGCGGCGUUCACCCGCGCAAGAACCCCUGGAGGCGUUCCGUCCACCGCGCCAUCCUCUUCUCCUUCUUCGUUGGUUUCUUCUGGGGCCUCUUAUCCUUCGUCGACCUCGACGACUCCUCCGAUAUCUCGCCGCCCCACGUCUUCUUCUUCGACCCCAUCCGCGCCCCUCCCCCCGCGGAAGAGCAGGAGCGGCUCCCCGAUCCUUUCGACAAGCUCUUGAUCAUAGUGACCCCGACGUACAACAGGGCCUUCCAGGGCUAUCACCUGAGCCGCCUCGCCCACACGCUCAAGCUCGUGCCCCCGCCCCUACUCUGGAUUGUGGUCGAGACGAAGACGGCCACCGCCGAGACCGCCGACAUUCUCAGGAGAUCCGGCGUCAUGUACAGGCACCUCGUAUGCCGCAAGAACACCAGCGUCAACCUCCACAGAGACGUCCGCCAGCGGCACACCGCCCUCAAGCACAUCAGGCUCCAUCGUCUGGACGGAAUCGUCUACAUGGCAGAUGACGACAACAUCUACUCGCUGGAUCUCUUCGACCGCCUGAGACAGAUCAGGAGAUUUGCCACUUGGCCUGUGGCGAUGCUUGCUCAAAGCAAAAAUAAGGUUAUUCUACAAGGUCCGGUAUGCAAUGGAAGAAAAGUGAUUGGAUGGCACACGAACAGGAAAGGCAACAAUCAUAGGAGAUUUCAUGUUGAUAUCUCAGGCUUUGCUUUCAACAGCAGCAUACUUUGGAAUCCGAGGAGAUGGAUGUAUCCAAAAGACAUCAUUAGGCUACUGGACACUGUAACAGAAAGGUUUGAAGAUACAGGAUUUAUCGAACAGAUAGUCGAGGACGAAGGCCAACUAGAAGGCUUACCUAAUGAUUGCUCAAGGAUUAUGAAUUGGCGUCUGCAAUUGGAAUCUAGAAGUCUUGUUUAUCCUAGAGGGUGGCAGAUUUCAGAGAAUCUCAAUACUGUUGUUCCUUUAAAUUAGGAAUUCUAGCUUGUCCAAGCUUUGUGAUCUUUAAUGAUGAUCUUCUUCGUAGCAAAGCAUCUAUGGUUCUUUCCCUCCCCCACCCCCAUCAAGAGCACAUUUAAUAUGUAUUCAUUAUUCUUUUAGUCAAUUUAUGUACAAACACAUUAUAGAAGAGUGAUUGUGUUUUUUAAGAAAUUGUUUCAGGAUCAUUUCUAUGUUCAGUCGAAGAAAUU